CGUACCUUCUAUGCAAAUUCCUAUUAAGUCAUUUAUCCUGUCAGUGAGUCUGAGGGCCCCGUACUCGUCAGCUCCAUCUCGCGGAGGAAAACGCUAUCGGCACCCUCAGCUCCGCCCAAGGGCCGCGAUCUCUACAGGGGAGAUGAAAAGCCGGCGACGCUACACAGGCGUGGACCCUCGACGAGUGUCCAUUUCCUGUGGGUUAAGAGUAGGAGCGUCUGGGCAAAAGCUGGGAGCUUUCAGUUGCCAGGGCCCUUGGGAAAGCACGUAUUUAGAUUUCAUUGAUAAAUUCAACUGAAUCCGGAGAAAAAUUAUACUCCAUUCACUGGCAUAUUUAGAACGGAAUUCCCAUUGACCCGAGGCUCCCGGUUGAAUCCUUUAAAGGAGCCAAGCGAGGACGUUCUCGGAACAGCAGUGCACCGUGUACACGGUGGGAGCCCCGCGCGAUCGCCCGCAGAGCGUCCUGUAGGAACGUCACAGAGCCCAGAGAGCGUCCUGUAGGAACGUCACAGAGCCCAGAGAACGCCUGGGGACGGUCGGGGAGGCAGUUCGGGGAGGGGACGGUUAAGCUCCCUCGAAGAGGACGCCGCGGGCCGACUGGAGUCUUUUUCGUGCUCUCCGCGCCCGCCCGCCGCGGGUAGCAUCUUCUCAGCGCCCCGGCGCCCAGGAACGCCCAGGAAACCCAGUCCUCCUCCUAAGCAACCUGCGGCGCGGGGACGCCCGCCUUUUGCUAUUGUUAUAAAAGUGCGUGCGACUAAACCUUCAGAUUUUUAGACGUACUUCUCGCUUCCUCUGACCCAGGCUGAGGGAGCCCCCGAGGCUACUGCGGGGCGGGGCCGGGGCCGGGGCGGGGUGGGGCGUCCUAGCCGCCUCAGGCUGCGCCCCGGCCGCGGGCGGGAGGCGGCAGCAGCGCGGGCCGAGCGGCGCGAGGAUUGGCUGCGACAGGCGGAGACGUCAGGCUCCCGCGGCCCAAGCGGCCGCCCGGCGCGGCGCGGCGCAGUCGGCUCGAGUACUCCCAGUAACGAGGAGGUGUUCUCGGCCGUCCCACCCUCCCCUGCUGUCUCCGGGUUGCGCCGCCGGAGCCGGGACGCGCCUCCGCUGCCCUCGCCGCCUCCAUCCCCGGGGCCGCAGCUCCCCUCGCCGUCCGCGCGCGCACCAUGACGAAGAACGAGAAGAAGUCCCUCAACCAGAGCCUGGCGGAGUGGAAGCUCUUCAUCUACAACCCGACUACCGGAGAGUUCCUGGGGCGCACCGCCAAGAGCUGGGGAUCGCAGUAUGUGGUAGGGAAGUGAUGCUGUCUGAAGGUGACAUCCUGUUCUCCUCUCUUCUGUCCUCUCGAUCCUUAUUUUGGCCACCUGGUUUGAUCUUACUCUUCUACCUAGUUUUUUAUGGGUUCCUGGCUGCACUCUUCUCAUUCACGAUGUGGGUUAUGCUUCAGACUCUCAAUGAUGAGGUUCCGAAAUACCGUGACCAGAUUCCUAGUCCAGGACUUAUGGUUUUUCCAAAACCAGUGACUGCAUUGGAAUAUACAUUCAGUAGAUCUGAUCCAACUUCUUAUGCAGGGUACAUUGAAGACCUUAAGAAGUUUCUAAAACCGUAUACUUUAGAAGAACAGAAGAACCUCACAGUCUGUCCUGAUGGAGCACUUUUUGAACAGAAGGGUCCAGUUUAUGUUGCAUGUCAGUUUCCUAUUUCAUUACUUCAAGCAUGCAGUGGUAUGAAUGAUCCUGAUUUUGGCUAUUCCCAAGGAAACCCUUGUAUUCUUGUGAAAAUGAACAGAAUAAUUGGAUUAAAGCCUGAAGGAGUGCCAAGGAUAGAUUGUGUUUCAAAGAAUGAAGAUAUACCAAAUGUAGCAGUUUAUCCUCAUAAUGGAAUGAUAGACUUAAAAUAUUUCCCAUAUUAUGGGAAAAAACUGCAUGUGGGAUAUCUACAGCCAUUGGUUGCUGUUCAGGUCAGCUUUGCUGCUAACAACACUGGGAAAGAAGUAACAGUUGAGUGCAAGAUUGAUGGAUCAGCCAACCUAAAAAGUCAGGAUGAUCGUGACAAGUUUUUGGGACGAGUUAUGUUCAAAAUCACAGCACGUGCAUAGUAUGAGUAGGAUAUCUCCACAGAGUAAAUGUUGUGUUGUCUGUCUUCAUUUUGUAUCAGCUGGACCUUCCAUUCUAGAAUUAUGAGACCACCUUGGAGAAGGGUGUGUGGUACAUGACGCUGGGUUACAUCAUAACGUGCUUCCAGAUCAUAGUGUUCAGUGUCCUCUGAAGUAACUGCCUGUUGCCUCUGCUGCCCUUUGAACCAGUGUACAGUCGCCAGAUAGGGACCGGUGAACACCUGAUUCCAAACAUGUAGGAUGGGGGUCUUGUCCUCUUUUUAUGUGGUUUAAUUGCCAAGUGUCUAAAGCUUAAUAUGCUGUGCUAUGUAAAUAUUUUAUGGAUAUAACACUGUCAUAUUUUGAUGUCAACAGAGUUUUAGGGAUAAAAUGGUACCCGGCCAACAUCAAGUGACUUUAUAGCUGCAAGAAAUGUGGUAUGUGGAGAAGUUCUGUAUGUGAGGAAGGAAAAAAAAGAAAAUAAAAGUGUAUUUGAAAAAUAUUA